UUAUAAAGAACAGUGGAAUCUCAGCAGUGCCACCAUUUGUUUAUUAGCUUCUGGCGGCGAUCGAAGGAAGGAAAGCAACAAACCGGCUACCAUGGCACUCAAGUUUGCAGCGAAUCUGAACUUUCUGUUCACCGAACGUGCGGCCACGAUCGCCGAACGGGUCCGGCUGGCCCAUCAGAACGGCUUCCGCGCCGUGGAGAUUCCCUAUCCGGAGGGCGAGACCGCCGCCGUGGUGAGUGCCGUCAAGGAGACCGGCAUUGUGGUCAGUCUGGUCAACCUGGCCUUCGACAAGACGGACGAUCAGCUGAGAUUCGGUUCCACCAGCGUGCCCGGCAAGGAGCAGCUCUUCAAGAGCCAGCUGGACGACACCAUUGGCUUUGCCAAGCAGGUGGGCUGCGGCAAGAUUCACCUCACGGCUGGCCUGUUCAAGGGCGGCCAGGAGAGCGACUACACGAAGACAUAUACCUCCAACCUGAAAGUGGCCGCCGAGAGCCUCCGCGCCAACAAGCUUGUGGGCGUCAUUGAGCCCAUCAACAAGUACGCCGUGCCCGGAUACUACAUGAACUCCUACGCCAAGGCCGCCGCCGUCCUGUCCGAGGUGGGCGCUGACAACAUCCGCCUGCUGGCCGAUCUCUAUCACCUCCAGCACCUGCACGGCAACGUCUCCAAGACCCUGGAGGAGUACAAGCAGCUGAUUGGCCAUUUCCAGAUUGCCCAGGUUCCGCACCGUCAUGAACCGGACGUGUCCGGCGAACUGGACUACAGCUACGUGUUCAAGGCCCUCCAGGAGUUCGGCUACGACGGCUGGGUGGGAUGCGAGUACAAGCCCAAGACGACGACCGUGGAGGGCCUCUCGUGGGUCUCCAAGCUGGGAUACACCCUGUGACCAGGAUCCCCAUAAGAAUCCCAUUGUAUUUAUACAUCUGUAAAGUGCAUAUAUAUAUUUAAACAAAUUUUUUUUUAAAGCGAA